AUGCUGUCAUCUACCUCUGUGGUCGCCGGUGCCCUGCUCGCGGCAUCGCAGCUCUCCGGCGUCUACGCUGACGGCUUCUCCUGUCCUCCCGGCGGCGAGGUUAGCUGUCACAACUCGGGCCCUGUCCAGGAUACUUGCUGCUUCAACUCGCCCGGCGGUCUUAUUGCCCUUACUCAGUUCUGGGAUGCUGAUCCAGCCACCGGCCCCGAGGACUCGUGGACCAUCCACGGCCUCUGGCCGGAUAACUGCGAUGGCACCUACGAGCAAUUCUGCGAUAUGGGCCGUGAAUACACCAACAUCACCGAUAUCCUCAAGGCCCAGAACCGAAAUGACGUCCUCGACUACAUGAACAUGUACUUCAAGGACUACAAGGGCAACGACGAGAGCUUCUGGGAGCACGAAUGGAACAAGCACGGUACUUGCAUGAGCACCUUCGAGCCAUCCUGCUACAUGGACUACAUGCCCCAGGAGGAAGUUGGUGAUUACUUCGCCAAGAUCGUUGAAUUGUUCAAGGGAUUGAACACCUACAAGGCUCUCGCCGAUGCUGGCAUCACUCCUAGCAAUGACAAGACCUACGACCUCAGUGCCAUGGAGGCUGCUAUCAAGGCUUCCUUCGGCAUGGAGAUCACCCUGAACUGCAGGAACGGUGCCCUUAACGAAGCCUGGUACUUCUACAACGUCCGUGGCUCGGCCCAGACUGGAGAGUACAUCCCUACCCUCCCAGGCGGCACUCCCUCCACCUGCCCCAAGACUGGAAUCAAAUAUGUCCCCAAGAGCGGCGGUUCCACCCCACCACCCACCACCAGCUCUCCCAGCGGCCCAGCUCCUACUGGAAUCUUCGCCGGUAAGGGCUACCUCGUUGUCACUACUCGAGACAGCCAGGACGGAUGCCUCAUCAGCUCUGGAAACUGGUACACCACCGGAACCUGUGCCACGUACACCGCUGCCGCCUCCGGCUCUGGCUUCACCUUGACGUCCAGCAAGGGAGUCUGUGGCAUGUAUAACGGACAGUUCAAGUGUGGCUCCGGCGUUGCUGCCACCGUCUUCGGAUCUUCGAGCGGAAAGCUCUCUGCUAGCGGCAAGGAUACCUUCUACGCCGACAAGGUCCCCAGUGGCACCACUCAAGUUCCUAUCUACACUUCUCCUCACUCUGUCCCACUCACUGUUUCCUGGCAGGCGGUUUAA